UUACCUACUCAGGACCUACCCCCUAUUCAUUCUCUCCACCAUUCACUCUCCAUCCAAGGGACCAAGACUGAAACAGCUCACUGCACUUGAGGGCCUUCCUGGAAACCUAAAUCCAAACCCUAGAUGCGCUCCAAUCAACACCUUCACGGACCAACCAUCCAUGGCGGACCAACUAUCCAUGGCAGACCUCCCAUAUGAGGUACUCAACUACAUACUCUGCCGAGAACCAGUCAAAACCCUCAUCAAGCUCCGCUCCAUAUCAAAGUCAUGGCUGACUCUAAUCGACAGCCCAUACUUCAUCCGCCUCCACCUCGGCUACUCCAUCGCCACCUCCUCGAACGUCACCGUCAUCCUCCGCAAGGAAUCGGAGCUCUUCUCCGUAAGCCUCGAGUCCCUAAACGCCGCCGUCGAGCUCGCCCACCCUCUCAUGUGCUACAGCAAUCGGAUUCGCGUCCUCGGCUCGGCCAACGGCUUGCUCUGCAUCACGAACGUCGCCGAAGACAUCGCUUUCUGGAACCCUUCGAUUAAGAAGCACAAGGUGUUGCCGUUUUUGCCGGUCGAUCGGCCCUGCGACCACGGGAUGAGCGUGUGCGGCGCACGUGCGUACGGGUUCGGAUACGACUCUGCGCACGACGACUACAAGCUGGUGAGGAUUUCGCAGUUCGUUGACUUGGAAAGCGAAGGUUUUGCUUCGGAGGUCAAGGUUUUCAGCUUGAGAGCGAACGAGUGGAGAAGGGUUGAGGAAAUGAAUUACGUUCUGUGUUACAUGAAGAAAAACGGGUCGCUUGCUUGUGGAGCUUUGCAUUGGGUUGUGACGAAGAAGUUCAAACUGGACGAGGCUGAUCAGAUCGUUUCGUUCGAUCUGACGGAUGAGAAUUUUCGUGAAUUGCCUCUGCCCAAGUGUUUGGAAGAUCAGAGGGUUCAGAUUGAGGUUGGGGCUUUAGGGGACUGUGUGUCCGUGACCGCGGAUUAUCAUGACGUUCGCGUUGACGUUUGGGUGAUGAAAGAGUAUAGAGUGAAAGAGUCUUGGUUUAUGUUGUUUAGUAUUGCUCGAACUGAAGUGGUCGGAUCGUUUAAGUAUUUGAGGCCGUUGGCUUAUUCGAAGAGCGGCAAGGAGGUCUUGUUGGUUGUGGAUAAUCAGAGGCUUGUGUGGUAUGAUUUGAGGAAGAAAAGGGUUAAGAAUGUGAAGAUUUUGGGUAUGCCGGAUUUGUUUGAGGCCGAGAUUUGUCUUGCGAGCCUCGUUCCGGUUGAGGCUAGUAGAAGAGGGUAUGGGAAGAAGCACAAUUUGAGUGAAGAGAAUCAUAAAAAGAAAAGGGAUGAUUUCUUGUCGGAGGGUUUCAAGUUGGUGUUAUAAUCAAACAGGAUGAUGAAACAAAAGCAUGAAAAAGAGUGUGGAAAGUGAAGGAGAGAGUUUUACUUUAGAGUAUUUGAGAAUGCUUGAAGAUUGAAGGAAGUAUAAUUAACAUGAUAUGUAUCAUCUUUCAACACUUUUUCCAGUUUUUUGGAUAUAAUGUCCACUUAUCUUCAACACCUGGUAAAGACCCUUCUGUAAAAUGUUGUGAGCGGUGAGCGUAAUAUGCUUAUUACGAGAUUAUGUUAUGUAAAAAUUAUGUUUGUAUCCUGAUCAAAUUUGCAAGUUUUAUGUAAUACCUGUUGAUUUUGAUGCUCAAAUUUA